CGCGUCUGGGGGCGAAAAGCGCGCAGAGCUCUCUGCCUUCGACACCGGACCACCUCACACUCCUCCUUCUCAGGCUGGGGGUCUAGAGAUUUAAUCUUUUUUGUUUUUAAUUUUUUCCAACCAAACCAAAGAUUUCCUGCAGUCUCCUCUAUAGCUUCAUUCAUGUGCUGCUGAGCCAGUGAAGCUGAAGAUGAAGAGCAGGCUGUCUCUGGCGGCGGCUGCCCUCCUGGCACUGCUGCUGUCCUCCUCUCAGGCCCAGAACCAAGUCGACGCUCCGUCAGAUUUAAGGUUUAAGAUUUUAAAUGAGAACACAGUGCAAAUGCUGUGGACCAGACCGCAGUCCAGGAUACAGGGCUACAGAAUACAAGUGACCUCAAACACAGAAGAAGCAACAAAAGAAUUUACUCUGCCUGCAUCUGCAACUAAGACCUCCAUCUCAGACCUGAGUCCAGAUGUGGAUUAUGCCGUAACAAUCUCUGCAUAUGCUGGAUCAGGGGAGAGUUUGCCCAUCUCCGGCCAGAUCACACUGGAGUCAAGUGGCAGAGGACCACCCAGGAAGCCAGACCCUUCAGAUUCAGUCAAAUGCUCUGUGAGUGCCAUCGCCGAUGUGGUGUUUUUGGUGGACGGCUCCUGGAGUGUGGGCAGGCCGAACUUCAAACACAUCCGCAAUUUCAUCUCAGCGGUGGCUGGAGCCUUUUCGAUUGGAGAGGACAAAACCCGCGUGGGCGUGGUGCAGUACAGCAGCGACACCAGAAAUGAGUUCAGCCUGAACGAACACCUGACACGACCGGCGCUGCUGCGGGCCAUCGGCUCGCUGCCGUACAAAGGAGGAAACACCAUGACAGGCGAUGCCCUCAACUACAUCUUGAAAAACAGUUUCACAGAGGCGGCUGGCGCCAGGAAGGGUUUUCCCAAAGUGCUGGUGAUCAUCACAGAUGGCAAAUCUGAGGAUCCAGUGGAGAGUUACGCCAAGCAGCUAAGGAGCAGGGGGGUGGAGAUCUUUGUCCUCGGUAUCCAACAGGCAGAUGAAGCUGAGAUGAAGCUAAUGGCCUCCACCCCGUACAGAAGUCACAUCUAUAGUGUCGCCAACUUCGACGUGAUCAAGGAUGUGCAAAGAGAGUUCAUUGUUCAGGUGUGCGCUGGUGUCGAUGAUCAACUCAACUCACUCGUCAGUGGAGAAGAAGUCGUCGAGCCAGCCUCUAACCUCCAAGUCCUGGAGGUGACCUCCAAGUCUAUACAGAUAACCUGGGACGCCUCCGUCGGGGACAUUUCCGGAUACAAGGUGCAGAUGAACCCCAUGAUGACUGGCAGCAGGCGGCAGGAGCUGUACGUGGGCGCAUCUCAGACCUCGGUGGUGGUCAGAAACCUUUCUCCAGACACCGAGUACCAGAUCAGUGUGUUUGCUCUGAACGGCCUGACACCCAGUGAGCCCAUCGUGGCCAUGCAGAAGACGGAGCCAGUUAAAGUGUCAGUGGAAUGUUCUCUUGGUAUGGACGUCCAAGCCGACGUCGUCCUCCUGGUUGAUGGCUCCUACAGCAUCGGUCUGGCCAACUUUGCUAAAGUCAGAGCUUUCCUGGAGGUGCUGGUGAACACCUUUGACAUUGGGCCAGAUAAGGUUCAGAUCAGCUUGGUCCAGUACAGCAGGGACCCCCACACCGAGUUCUACCUGAAUACUCACCAUGACCUGGCCGCCGUGGUCAAGGGUGUGAGGACUUUCCCGUACAGAGGCGGCUCCACCAACACAGGCAGGGCCAUGACCUACGUGAGGGAGAAGAUCUUCCAGGUCAACAGAGGGGCACGCGCCAACGUUCCUCGUGUUACCAUCCUCAUCACUGACGGGAAGUCGUCCGAUGCCUUCCAGGAGCCGGCCACCAAGCUCAGGAAUGCUGAUGUGGAGAUCUUCGCAGUGGGCGUUAAGGAUGCCGUUCGAACUGAGCUCGAGGCUAUUGCCAAUACGCCCGCUGAGACCCACGUGUACACCGUAGAGGACUUCGAUGCCUUCCAGAGAAUUUCCAAAGAACUCACACAGUCCAUCUGCCUGAGAAUCGAGCAGGAACUUCGCAAAAUCCUCCAGAGACAACUGGUCCAACCGAACGCCCUGUCCUUCUCAGAAAUCAGUCCUAGGAGCUUCAGGGCCUCAUGGGAGAUCGAUACCAGCGACGCAGAGUCCUUUUUGAUUCAGUUCAAGCCGGCAGAUGAUGUCGAUGGGCAUUAUGUUUCCAUAUCUGUGCCUGGGGACACACUCACUUCCCUCCUCCCCCACCUUACCCCACUCACCCGCUACGAAGUCAACGUUUACGCUGAGUACGAGAAAGGAGUGAGCUUACCCGUGAAGGGCUAUGAGAGCACUUCAGAAGAACAAGGCCCGGUGCGCAACCUGAGAGUGUCUGAAGAGACAACGGACAGCUUCAGAGUAUCAUGGCAGCCAGCUCCGGGAGCCGUCACUCGCUACCGCUUGACCUACGAACCCACAGGGGACGAAAGCUCUAGGCUGGAGACAACCACUGACGGCACAGAGACAACAACUGUGCUCCAGGAGCUUCAGCCCCAAACCACCUACAGAGUCACCGUCACCCCUGAGUACCAGUCCAGCCCCGGAGUGCCACUGCAGACGGAGGGCACCACCAAAGAAGCCAGGGGUUCCCCUCGCGACCUGAGAGUCUUUGACGAGACCGUGUCCUCUAUGAAGGUCUCGUGGGAGCCGGCGCCGGGGAAUGUCCUCCAGUACCGUGUGGCGUACAGGCCCACCGCUGGCGGCCCCAGGAAGGAAGUGUCGGUGAAGGGCGAUAACACGGCCACCCUCCUGAAAAACCUUCAGCCAGGAACCCAGUACGACAUCUUCAUCAGCGCACGAUACCCGUCCGGCCUGGGUGACGCCCUGGAGGGACAAGGCACCACACUGGAAAACAUUGGCCCUCCUAAAAAUCUGGUCACCAGUGACGUGACCGACACGAGUUUUGUGGCAUCAUGGACGGCAGCGCCCGGGAAUGUGAACAUGUACCGCGUUCGAUGGAAGUCGAUGUUUUCUGAGGAAGCCGGAGAGAAAACUGUACCAGGAGACGUUACCAGCACUGUGCUGGAAGGUCUGACUCCAGAGACACUUUACCAGGUUACUGUGGUCGCCGCCUACAGUCACAAAGACAGCGACCCACUCACUGGACAGGAAACCACUGAUGCCUCCGCUGCUGGAAAAACACUUACUGUGACGGACGAGACGGAGCGGACCAUGAAAGUCACAUGGAUGCCGGCGCCGGGCAAAGUGGUCAACUACCGGCUGAAGUAUGUCCCUCGGAAUGGAGGCAAAGAAGUGGCCCUGAAAAUCCCUGGCUCGGUCACUUCCACCAUCAUGAAGCGGCUGCAGCCCAUGACCACGUACAACAUCACCGUUCACCCCAUCUACAAGCGCGGGGAAGGAAAAGCAAGGCAAGGAGUAGGAACGACACUGUCGCCCUUCAAGAGUCCCAGAAACCUCCAGACUUCAGAACCCACCAAGAACAGUUUCAGAGUCUCCUGGGACCCAGCACCCGGAGAUGUUAGGGGCUACAAAGUGACCUUUCACCCCACUGGGGAUGACAUUGAUCUUGGGGAACUGCUUGUCGGCCCCUAUGAUAACACAGUUGUUCUAGAGGAACUCCGGGCAGGAACAAAGUACUCAGUGGCCGUGUUUGGGAUGUUUGAUGGAGGGGAGAGUUUGCCUCUGGCAGGAGAGGAGAAGACGACACUCUCUGACGCUCCUGAGCCCACUCUUCUCCACCCCUCUGACACUCAGUGUAAGACCACAGCGAAGGCUGACAUCGUGCUGCUGGUCGACGGCUCCUGGAGCAUCGGCCGCAUCAACUUCAAAACCAUCCGCAACUUCAUCGCUCGCAUGGUCAGCGUCUUUGACAUCAGCCCUGACAGGGUCCAGAUUGGUCUGGCUCAGUACAGCGGAGACCCGAAGACCGAGUGGCAUCUGAACGCCCACCCGACAAAGAAGUCCCUGCUGGAGGCUGUCGCCAACCUGCCAUACAAGGGAGGAAACACCAUGACAGGGAUGGCUCUGAACUACAUCCUCCAGAACAACUUCAAACCCAAUGUGGGACUGCGACCCGACUCGCGCAAAAUUGGUGUCCUGAUCACUGACGGAAAGUCCCAGGACGAAAUUGUCUUCAACUCACAGAACCUAAGAGACAGCGGCAUCGAGCUGUAUGCUAUCGGUGUGAAGAAUGCCGAUGAGAAUGAGCUGAGGUCCAUCGCCUCCGACCCUGACGAGAUCCACAUGUACAACGUCAACGACUUCCAGUUCCUGCUGGACAUUGUUGACGACCUCACCGUCAACCUGUGUAACAGCGUCAAGGGUCCAGGAGGUAAACUGGAGGCGCCCACCAACCUGGUGACCUCGGAGGUGACCCACCGUUCCUUCCGUGCCACUUGGACGGCACCUGAUGGCCCAGUGGACAAGUAUCGCGUCACUUACGUGACUGUGGCUGGAGGACCCACCCAGGAGCUGCUGGUCGACGGGACGGUGACCACUGUAGUGCUGGAAGGCCUGACCCCUCUGACCGAGUACCUCGUCAACGUUUACUCUGUGGUCGGUGAGGAGAGCAGCGAACCUCUGAAGGGCACUGAGACCACCUUGCCUCUGUCAGCGGUGAAGGACAUGAUUGUUUACGAUGAGACCACGAGCACCAUGAGGGUGAGAUGGGAGGAGGCAGAGGGUGCCACAGGCUACAUGUUGCUGUACAGACCCAUCAACGCCACUGGGCCCCAGCAGGACAAGGAGGUACGAGUCGGAGGAGACGUAACAAGCCUCCAGCUGGUGCAGUUGAUGCCCAACACAGCGUACUCCCUCACACUUUACGCCCUGCACGGUGAAGCUGCCAGCGACCCCUUGGAGGGGAGAGGAGUCACCUUGCCCAUACCUGCUGCUGGAGCCCUGAGAAUCACUGAUGUUACUCACAGCACCAUGAGGCUCAACUGGGAUGCUGCUCCUGGACCUGUCCGCAAGUACAUGAUCACCUACAAACCAGAGGACGGAGACCUCAAAGAGGUUGACGCCAACGGUGACGUCACCACCUUGGUCCUGACCAGCCUCAUCUCCCAGACUGAGUAUGAUGUGGCCGUCACCCCGAUCUACGACGAGGGACCUGGAGCUCCUAUGCUCGGAAGCGCUAUCACAGAUGUUGUUCCUGCCCCCAAGAACCUGCAGUUCUCUGAGGUGACCCAGACCUCGUUCAGAGCCACCUGGGAGCACGGAGCCCCCGACGUGGCCCUCUACCGCAUCGGCUGGACCAAGAAGGGGGAGACCAACUACCAGUUUUCCAUCCUGAACAGCGACGAGACCUCCCACGUUCUGCAGAACUUGGACCCUGACACAGAGUACUCUGUCACAGUCACAGCCAUCUACCCGGACGAGUCGGAGAGCGAAGACCUGAUGGGGAGCGAGCGCACAUUGUUAAAGUCUUCGGAGGUGCCUCCACAGCCUCCUCGAAACUUGAGGGUUUUCAAUGCCACCACCUCCACGCUGACAGUGAAGUGGGACCCCGCCCCCGGCACCGUCCAGAACUACAAGAUCACCUACAAACCUGUGGCUGGAGGCGAGCCGCUCUCUACGCAGGUCGGAGGGAAGAAGACCAGCAUCAUCCUGCAGAAGCUCGAGCCCGACACUCAGUACUCCGUCUCUGUGGCGGCCGUGUAUUCCACUGGCGUCAGCACAGACAUCUCCGGAGAUGGAAAAACCAAGCCCCUGGGUGGAGUGAGGAACCUGCAGGUGCUGAACCCGACCAUGACCACCCUGAAUGUGCGCUGGGAGCCCGCCGAGGGCCGAGUCAAGGAAUACAAAGUCAUUUACGUUCCUGCCGCCGGAGGAGCUGAGAGCAUGGUAGGACUGGAAACAGUGUCAGCAGCUUCAACCACCACCACCCUGCGAGGCCUGCAGCCCGACACCCUCUACACCGUCUCUCUGGUGCCAGUUUAUGCUGAGGGAGAGGGAAAGACAAUGUCUGAGAAUGGAAAGACAAGGCCACUGGGAGGAGUGAAGAACCUGAGGGUGACCGACCCCACUAUGACCUCUCUGACUGUGGACUGGGACCCGGCUGAUGGGGCUGUUCGCCUCUACAAGGUCUUCUUCGUGCCUGUUGCUGGUGGCCGGGAAGAGAUGGAGCAAGUUCCUGCAGGCACCACCUCCAUCGUUCUCAGGAACUUGAUGCCCGACACACUGUACACGGUGUCGGUGUUACCAGUUUACCCAGUCAGGGAGGGAAAACGCCAGUCUGAGAAUGGAAAGACGUUGCCUUUGGGCGGAGUUGGCAACAUGAAGGUGACCAAACCGACCAUCACCACUCUGACAGUGACCUGGAACCCUGCUGAUGGAAACGUUCAGGGCUACAAAGUGAUCUACGUUCCUGCAGAUGGAGGACUGGAGGUUGUGGAGCAAGUGUCAGAGAGCACCACCACAACCGUCCUGGAGAAGCUUCUGCCAGACACCCGCUACACGGUCACCGUGGUCCCCGUCUACGCGGAGGGAGACGGACCCAGCCUGUCCGACAGCGGCAAGACAAAGCCUCUGGGUUUUGUGAGGAACCUGCAGGUUACUGAUCCCACCACCAGCACCCUGAACGUCCGCUGGGAGCCCGCCGAGGGAAACGUGCGUGAAUACAUCGUGGUAUGGGUGCCAGCCGCUGGAGGAGAGAAGGAUGUGGACCAGGUCUCUGGAACCACCACCUCCACCGUCCUGAAGAACCUGGAGCCGAACACCGAGUACACCGUCACAGUGGUGCCCGUCUACCACGAGAUGGAGGGCAACCCCCGGUCUGAAAAUGGGAAGACAAAUCCUUUGGGUGGCGUGAAGAACUUGCAGGUGAUCGACCCGACCAUCAGCACUCUGACAGUCCGCUGGGAUCCAGCGGUUGGCAACGUCCGAAGCUACAAAGUCUUCUAUGCUGCUCAACCAGGAGGCGAAGAACGAAUGGAGGAGGUAUCAGGCGGCACCACCACCACCAUCCUGAGGAACCUGGACUCCGACACUCUCUAUAACGUGGCUGUUGUUCCCGUCUACCCAGACGUGGAGGGCAUACGGCAGGCUGAGAAGGGAAAGACAAAGCCUCUGGGUGGAGUGAAGAAUCUUCAGGUGAUUGACCCCACCAUCAACUCCCUGAGGGUUCGCUGGGAGCCGGCUGAGGGCGACGUCAGACAGUACCAAAUCAUCUACGUCCCCGCCGCCGGAGGAACCGAGAGCAUGACUCAGGUAUCUGGGAUUUCGACGAACACGGUUCUGAGAGACCUGAGGCCGGACACCGAGUACAAAGUGACGCUGGUGCCUAUUUAUGCUGAUGUGGAGGGGAAACGCAUGUCGGAGAACGGAAAGACGAAGGCCCUGGGCGGAGUGAAGAAUCUGCAGGUCACUGAUCCCACCACCAGCUCCCUCAAGGUGCGCUGGGAGCCGGCGGAGGGCAAUGUCCGCCAGUACCGCAUCUUCUAUGUCCCCGCGUCCGGUGGUGCUGAGGACAUGGAGCAGGUGUCAGGCGGCACCACCAACACCAUACUGAGGAACCUGCUGUCAGACACUCCCUACACUGUGACUGUGGUUCCAGUUUAUCCAGAGGGAGAAGGUCUGCGCCAGUCUGACAAGGGGAAGACACUCCCGCGCACGCCACCCAGGAACAUCCAGGUGUACAACCCCACCCCCAACAGCCUGAACACGCGCUGGGAGCCCGCCACAGGCCAGGUUCAGCAGUACCGGGUGACUUAUUCUCCCCUGACCGGAACCAGACCCUCAGAAUCAGUCCUGGUUCCAGGAAACGUUAACAAUGCCUUCCUGGACAACCUGAUCCAGGACACUCCCUACUCAAUCAGUGUCUCAGCUCUGUACGCCGACGGAGAGGGAUCGUCGGUGAAGGGCAACGGCAAAACACUGCCCCGUGCCGGUCCCAGGAAUAUGCGUGUGUUUGACGCCACCACCAGCACCCUCACCAUCGGCUGGGACCAUGCAGAGGGACCCGUGAGGCAGUACAGGAUCGCCUACGCUCCCAUGACCGGAGACCCCAUCACUGAGUUUACUGUGGUUCCUGGAAACAGAAACAAUGCCAUGCUGCAGAAUCUGCUCCCAGACACUCCAUACAACAUCACUGUGGAGGCCAUCUACGCCGAGGGGCCUGGGGGGUCGCUCAACGGGAACGGACGCACAGUCGGCCUGCUGAGUCCCAGAAACCUUCGCGUCUCAGAUGAGUGGUACACGCGUUUCAGAGUGGCCUGGGACCCGGUGGCAGCUCCCGUCCAGGGUUACAGGCUGGUGUAUUCUCCUGAAGGCACAGACCAGCCCGUCGAUAUCUUUGUGGGCGACGUGACCUCGUACACUCUGCACAACCUCCAGCCUGGAACCACCUACGACGUCAAAGUGAUCGCUCAGUACACCGGCGGCAUGAGUGCACCGCUCGCUGGACAGGGAACAACACUCUACCUGAAUGUGACCAACAUUGAGACCUACAACGUUGGUCACGACAAGUUCUGCAUCAAAUGGACUCCUCACAGGGCGGCCACGUCGUACCGCAUCAAACUCAACCCUGUGGACCCCUCCAGUAAAGGACAACAUGAGAUCACCAUCCCCGCCGGCCUUCCUCAGUACUGCUUUGAAGGACUUUCUCCUGAUGCUCUGUACACUGCCACUGUCUUCGUUCAGACCCCAAAUCUGGAGGGACCAGGGGUCAGCGCCAAAGAGAGAACCUUGGUGAAGCCGACUCCAGUUCCAACGCUCCCACCAACUCCAACACCUCCACCCACCAUCCCCCCUGCAUGGGCAGUUUGCAAAGGUGCCAAAGCAGAUGUGGUGUUCCUCAUCGAUGGCUCCUGGAGUAUCGGCGAGGAGAGCUUCACCAAAGUCGUGCACUUUGUCUCCGGCAUGAUCGGCGCUUUUGAUGUCAUCGGACCCUCGGGAAUGCAGGUGUCUUUCGUGCAGUACAGCGACAACGCAAAGACAGAGUUCAAGCUGAACGCUUACCAAGACAAAGGCGUCGCCAUGUCUUCGCUUCAUUACAUUCGCUACAGAGGAGGAAACACCAAGACAGGGGUGGCACUGAAACACACCUAUGACAAGGCCUUUUCAUUGGAAAAUGGAAUGAGAAGAAAUGUCCCCAAGGUUGUCGUAGCGAUCACAGACGGACGAUCUCAGGACGAGGUGAAGAAGAACGCCGCCAAGCUGCAGCACGCAGGUUACAGCGUUUUCGCCAUCGGUGUUGCGGACGUGGAUUUUGUGGAGUUGCAGGAGAUCGGCAGCAAACCCAGCGAGAGGCACGUCUUCGUCAUAGAUGACUUCGAUGCCUUCGACACCAUCAAAGAAAACCUGAUUACCUUCAUCUGUGAAACCGCGUCGUCGUCCUGUCCCUUGAUUUUCCUGAAUGGAUUUACUUCACCUGGCUUCAGGAUGCUCGAGGCGUUCAACCUGACAGAGAAGACGUACAGUUACGUCAAAGGCGUCUCCAUGGAGCCAGGCUCCUUCAACAGCUACACAGCAUACAGGCUCCACAAGAACGCCCUCCUGACUCAGCCCACUACAGAGAUCCAUCCUGACGGUCUUCCCCACGCCUACACCAUCAUCCUCAUGCUCCGCCUCCUCCCUGACUCACCCACUGAGGCCUUCGACAUCUGGCAGGUGUCAAGCAAGGACCACAAGCCAGAGACCGGCGUCACGAUUGACCCCUCCAGCCAGACCGUGUCGUUCUACAACAAAGACGAGCGCGGCGAGAUCCAGAGGGUCGCGUUCAACAACGAUCAAGUGAAGAAGAUCUUCCAUGGAAGCUUCCACAAGCUCCAUAUCCUGGUUUCAUCCACCAGCGUCAAACUCAACAUCGACUGCCAAGAAGUGGCUGAGAAGGAGAUCAAGGCCGCUGGAAACACGUCCAGCGAUGGCUACCAGGUUCUGGGCAAGAUGUCAAAGUCCAUCGGCUCCAAAGGAGAAUCAGCAACUUUCCAGCUCCAGAUGUUCGAUAUUGUCUGCAGCUUGGCCUGGACCAGCAGAGACAGAUGCUGUGACCUCCCGUCUAUGAGAGAUGAGCUGAAGUGUCCGUCUCUCCCUAACUCCUGUACCUGCACCUCCGAGGGAACCGGACUCCCAGGGCCUCAGGGUCCAGUGGGUGCCCCUGGCAGCAAAGGUCCUCGAGGUGAAAGAGGAGAGGCUGGUCCUGCUGGACCGAUCGGCCCGCGGGGAGAUAUCGGACCACCUGGGCCCAUGGGUCUGCCUGGCCCUCAAGGACCCAGCGGGCUGUCGAUUCCAGGAGAGGCUGGCCGCCCUGGACCAAAGGGAGACCCCGGUGACUCUGGCUUACCUGGACAGAAAGGUUCACCUGGUCCUCCCGGUGCUGUCGGUCCGAUCGGACCAGCUGGAGUGAGGGGCCCUCAAGGAAAGGAAGGACCAGCUGGACCCAGAGGCCCCGCAGGGCCCAUGGGACCUCCAGGAUCUCCUGGAAUACCAGGUGCUGCAGGAAAACCCGGAAAGCCCGGAGACUCUGGUCCUUCUGGUGGUGUCGGCCCCAAGGGAGACAAGGGAGAGAGAGGCGACUUUGCUCCUCAGAACAUGAUGCGAUCCAUCGCCAGACAAGUUUGCGAGCAGCUAGUAAACUCACAAAUGACUCGAGUCAACACGCUACUGAACCAGAUCCCCAACGGCAUGUACCGCAACAACAACCCAGGACCCCCAGGGCCUCCCGGACCUCCCGGCAGGCAGGGACCCCGCGGAGAGCCGGGCGCCACAGGAAGGAACGGUUUCCCCGGAAGUCCAGGUUUACCCGGCCAGCAGGGAGAGAGAGGUCCUGCAGGAGAGAAAGGUGAACGAGGCGUCUCAGGAGUUGGACAGAAAGGACCGAGAGGGCCCGCAGGUCCACAAGGAGAAAGCAGGACAGGACCUCCAGGUCCUCCAGGUUCAGCUGGACCUCGCGGUCCACCUGGGCGUCCAGGAUACGCCGGCGUCCGUGGACCUCCCGGACCUCCUGGAUACUGCGACUCCUCUCAGUGUGUCGGUAUUCCCUACAACGGGCAGGGAUACAUAGGUUCACCAUAGUAGACUUUCUAUGCCGCCUGUGCUGCUUUCACUGACUUCCUGAAAAAAACAAAACUCAAAGUCCUGUAACUGAAACACUUGCUCACACGCUCUAGAGCUGUUUAAAGGAUAACCGCCAAAGGAAACCAUUAACAAACUAUGCUGAAAAACAACACAACAACAAAGAGGGAACCAGUACUAACAACGACUCACAGCCAGUAGAACAAAACACCACCAGCAGCAGCGGUGAUGGCACCGACCUGUUUAGUGGCCUGUUUGCAUCUUGAAGCCAAAGACCAAACAAAGAAACCUUGUGUUCAGUGGAGGAGCAUGCACCAAACAACAACAACAACAAACAACCCAAACAAAUACUAACAAAGGUGGAUUUGUAACAGAGAAACGAGUGCAACCACCACAGCAUCACCAGCAACAACAGCAGCAACAACUGUUAACAGCAUUUCUCUGGAGGUGACGUGUAAAUAAACUAAUUUGUGCCUUGUACAUGAUGUUUGAACCAAGUCCACUAAAUUUAGUUUUUAACAUCUGUAGUUUUAAAGCUUGUGCCUUGCAAACAACAACCUGCUGCUUGCUGAAUGCCAACAAAACGCCUCCUUUUUAUUUUAUUUUACUUUUUAAUUUUUUUUAAAUUAUCCCGCCCACGUGUUCGUCGCUGUUUUAAACUGCUCAGGGCCAAACUCAGUCUGCACAUGUGACCCUGGAGGUUUAGAUUUUCCACUUCAAAAAAAAAAGUUUUUCCUUUUUAUUUUAUUUUUCUGCCCAAACCAGCUGAAGUGUAUGUGUACGUACUGAAACACUGACAGCGCAGCCACAGCAGCGUCUCCAGGCUGCUCGUCCAACUCCAUUCGAAAGUAGAAAAGUUUUGUUGCUUCAUUUUGUAAAUGAAUGAGAAAAUGACUGCUGAUAAUUCUGGAGUGAAGAAGUCACCUGAACACCUGAACCUGUUCUAACAUCAGCAAAGAGGGAACAUGCAGGGGUGUGUCCAGGGGCGGAGGGUAGGUGGGGUUCACUUGUCUCAGCCAAUCAAAGUCCUGCAAAUUCAGUCGAGUAUCUGAAAUCACAUUUUACAAGUUAAAGAUCAUUUCAGAGAUCAGGAAUAAAUCCUGAAUCACACAAGCAACUCCAACAAACACGCCCCCAGAAACCCUGAGGACACGCCCCCUGCUUUACUAACCACCCGGAUCAGAGCUUUAGCAAACAGUCGCACAGGAAAACUAAACUUCAACACAUUUUUUUUGUGCAUGUGAGAAAAACUGAGAGAAAAUUUGCCAACUUGUGCUCAAAUGGCCCAAACACUAUCUCCGAGCAGGCCAAUACCCUCCUGAACCCGACACCCGAGUAGUCCCAGUCCCCGAGGAGGAUCAGGUGUCGCAAAACCGGCGUCGAAAGAGAUCACUAUCAAGAAAGGCACCCAACAGGCUAACAUCAUAAGACAAGCCAUGUUCUCCUUUUCUUUUUUCUUGUUCAACCUGUGUUUGUUGAUGGAAUUAUGCACAUUAUACACAGAAAAAGGGGUUUGACACCUCGACUUUAUUGGAAAAUACCUUUAAAUGCCUUAAAACGUAUGUGAAUAUUCAUUUUUGUGGCAGGUGAAGGGUUUGGACGGAGGGAGGGGGCGACUGAGAGGUAAAAUAAAAAAAAGAAAAAGAAGAAAAAAAACCGUGAGGAUCCAUGAAACAAACCUGUGAGCUUCCUGUUUCCACUUGUGUUUUUUUUGCUUGUAACAUAUUUGCAUCGCGUCUGUGUGAACUAGCGUGUUGAACAGUGAUGCUAGUGAUGGUAGUGGAGGAAUGAAAGUGUUUGUUCACAGUGUUGAGACAUCACAUUAGAAAUGAUUUUGUUUUUUGUCACAGUUCAUCCAGUAUGUUAAAUAUAAUCCUUCUCAUUCAGUGUCGUCGGUUCAGUUUCAUUAUGACAGUUAAACACAGCUUUCAUUUGUAUCUCUAGACUAAAUAUUUAUCAGUUUUCCUUUAUCCCGUCACAGCUGAUUUUACCGAAGGUGGAAUUGCAUGUCUGUGGUGUAUAUUUACUAUGUUUUUUUUGUUACAUUUCAUUUUGUUUUAACCAGAAUAUAGUUGUUGUCAUUCUUGUCAUUUCUCAGUAUGGAAUGCAGCCGAAAACCUGCGUGGCAGACUAUGGAAGUGGUGCUGCUGCUCCGUGUUUUCACUGCAGAUUGUGAAUUCCACAGCCUUAUUUUCUUAUUUAUUUCUGAAAACAGAAGAGGCAUUUUUCAAUAAAACUACUGAAAAUUUA